AUGGACACAGCCAAGAGUGAGGAAGUAAGAGGGCCAGACCCAACGCUGGUGCCUCAGGCGAAUGAAUCAGCGCAGUUACAUUCGAGAUCUUGCAGCGACCCCAAUGGAGGAUCGAAUACCGGUGUUGACCUCCCAAUAGAGGAGGCUGUCUUGACAGGAGCACCGAAUGUACCUCCACCUAGAGCUCGCAAUUACCCUGUUCUCUUGCGAGUGCCGUUGACAACUGGGACCAAGACAAGACAACUGACAAGUCAGUACAAAUACGAACAAUGGAAUUUCAAUGGCAUUGUCCCAGGUCCGUUCAUCCGAGCUCGCGUCAGGGAUGUUGUGGAGCUGUCAUUGACGAACCGCGACGAGACAAUUCGCACAAUAUUGACUGCCAUUCAUUCCUGGGCCCGGGAGGAGGUUCUGCGCUGA